GGUCCGUUUCACAUGUCUGCUGAUGAACCGGUGCAGGCUGUAGGAAGAUUUCGUAACACAACAUUGUUUAACAGAUUUGAGAGGCGUUCACGUUAUCUGUUUUCUGCAGUGCCAUUAGGGGCGUUCAGAGCUCUGAUAAAUUUAUUCACCUAGGGUGUAAGCUGAGGGAACUGCCCAGCUUUCCAUCACCAGUCGGCUAGCUGAGGAAGCUAACAGCAGUUAGCUGUAGUUACUGUUUAGAUUAGUACGCUUACCAUGGGCGAGGAGAAUAACGACAAGCCUGUGCAGACAGACACCGAGAGCGCCGGUGCUGGGGAAAAUGGAGAAACGAUGGACAGCAGUGUGAAAUACUACACAUUAGAGGACAUCCAGGCGCACAAUAUGAGCAAUGACACAUGGCUCAUCAUCCACGAUAAAGUAUACGACAUAACAAGUUUCCUCGAAGAGCACCCUGGAGGUGAGGAGGUUUUGCUGGAGCAGGCAGGCGCUGAUGCUUCAGAAAGUUUUGAGGAUGUUGGUCAUUCCAUGGAUGCCAGAGAGAUGCUCCAGCAGUACUACGUUGGAGAGCUUCACAUGGACGACAGGAAAAAGAGCACUGCCAAGGAUGUACCAGUCACAAAUUCAAGUGAAUCGAGUUCCUGGACCAUGUGGUUGCUACCCGCGGUGGCUGCAGCUGUCGUUGGCAUUGUGUACCGCUAUUAUGUGUUUGAACACAAGUCCUCUUGAGUGCGAGCAUCCUGUUUUUUUCAUCCAAUUCUUUUAAUCUGGAGGCCUUGAAAUGUUUGACCAAACCCUCCGCGCACUGAACGCACACGAGUGUUGGCAUCGCCUGCAACAAGAAGAGAGAGAACAGUUUGAUAAAGUACUUUAGUCCUUGUCCAUUUAUAGAAGGCCCUCAAUAGAUAGCCGGACCGAGACUUUAUUAAAUUGUCUGCCUUCCUUCACUUUGUUUUUCGGCUUUUGUCACUAUGCCUGUUGUCAUUAAUGUUAAAUGUUGUCUUUAACUUAAACUUUCAUAUGCAUUUGAGUUAGUUUGAUCUCCAGAUGUUCAGAACCCAUUUGCCUCUUCUCAUAUAUUUGUCAUUGUUACAAAAAAGAUGCAUAAACUGAAGGAGACAUUCGAUAUGCGGCAUUGUGAUAAAAUCAGGAUAAUUCUUUGUCACUGUUCUACUUUUUAUACUGGUUGAUAGUUUCCAUAAACAGAGUAUUUCCUUAGGCUUGAUUAAGUAGUCACAUUCAGCAUGAUAAAACCUUCCAUAAGGCAUAAGUGGAUUUUAUCGCCUCCCUCAUACAGUUAUGUUCUUAAUCAGUUCUAAAUUGCGCUUUGCUUGAUUGCAAACCCAUGAUCUCUCCCAGUUUUGUAAAUGCAUUGUCAACAUUUGUGUUUAUUUCUUUUUGCAAAUUGUUCUAAAUUCUAUUGUAUCACGAAUUAUUUAAGAUGACCAUGUGUUUUGAUUCCCCCCCCCCCCCCCCCUUUUAUUCCCUUCAGUCUUUUUGGGGAUUUGUGUAAAUGUUUAACAUGCCUGAUCAUUUGAAUAUAUGAAAAGUAAGAGUCUCAUUACCCAGAUAUAACAGACGGUAGCGAAUGGCAGACAUUAUACCUUUGAAACAUAACAGCUUCUGUUAUUUGUCUUGAAAUUCUAUUUUCUUUUUUCUGCAUUAUGCGAUUGUUAUUUAACUGAUGCUUUUUCACUGCAUUUUUCAAUGUUAUGCAUCCUCAUUUUACAUUUUGGGGGAAUAGUGUGUGUGUGCGUGUGCGUGUGUGUGUGUGUGCGUGUGACUGAUACAAGAGCAUUGGAGUUGUCCUCAGUGAAAUCUGGUGUGUGUUUUGUGUUCGGGUGCUGUUCUGGGACUUACCAGAUGAUGUGAAAGAUCAGCAUUGGGUAUCAGUCCAUAAUUGGUUAUUGUACAAGGUAAUAAUGAAACCUAACUAUAUAUUUAUGAAUUCUCCAGGUUGCUAAUUUGGCUCCUGAAAAAAAUGCUUGGGCUUAAGUAUCUUUACAUUAUAAUAUUUAUACAAAAUCAACAGAUUUAAUAGGUAUAUAAGAUAUCUUAUGUUCCAUGUUUGAAAAUGUAUUUACCUACUAGGAAGAUCAUUUAAAAUCCUUUUACCACCUGUCAAUUCUUAAAAGUUUCUGAGAACUUGCUGCUAUUUUCACAUGUGAUGACAUGCUGAUAUAUGAAAGUUCAAUUGGAUUUUACAGCUGAUAGAAACAUUUGCAUUUCAACUGCCAUUGCCUGUCAAUAAAAGUCUCUUUGGGGAAAAAAAAC